AUGGCCUCACCGCCUGAGAGGUCGGAGGAGCCCAGCGUCCCUCCCUCACCUGGUCAGGGGACAGAGCCAACUUCUCCAUCAAGCUCAACAGAUACUCCCCAACUGUCCCAGACAAGGGAAAAGAAGCGAGUUGGCUUUGCGAGCGAUCUUCAACCACACGGUGCAAUCCCGGCCAGCUCACCAGCACACUCUCCGGAAGGAUCUCGGAACAUUGUUCAAGACUAUUUUGCCUAUUCACGUUUGCCUUACACGGCCGACUCUACCCCAGCCGAUAGAGCAACGCAACCGUCUUCCUCAUUCGACAGCGAAGAGCUUGUCGCAGCUCUUUCAAAGAUAUUGGAUCCUGAAGAUCCAACCACCGGCUCCGGGCCCAGCAAACCUCGUCCUGUGCUUCGGAAAUCAGCGCCUCUCAAAAACCCAGUUGAACCUGCAACUACCCCUCUUCGUUCGGAGUUGGAGGCUAAAAACCGGGCAGACCGACUCGCCUACUCUAUUGGGGCAGCCUCAGUUCCUGUGUCAGCGAGAACGUCUCUUGACUCUAUGAAUGAAGUUGCCGUUGAUGGCGGAGUUCUCUCCCAGCAAUCCACAGCCACACCCACUCAUCCGAGACUCGCAGAGUCUGGGGAUAUCAAUGAUCUCAGGUCACAAAAACGUACGCGGCUGGAGGCCGACCAAUUUGUCAAAAGUCAUCUCCGGCGAAAAAGCCCCUUAUCUCGAUCCAUCGUCCCUUCACUCCCAGAAACGGCUACCCCAUUGGAAGAUGACAUGGACUAUGUCCCUCCGCCGGAGAAAUACAGAGGCGGGAUCCUCGGCACACUCUUGAAACUCUACACUUCCGAUACGGACAAGUUUGGGUCAACUUAUACCGAUACCAGUGCAUCAAGCACACCUGCAAGUACUCCUCCACAUUCAAGAUCGGGCACGCCGCGGCCAGAGUUUCGCCGCCCUCGGCCAUGGAGAAACCAAUCUUCCAGUAGCACUCUUGCUGGGUUGGUGGAGUCCUCUUUCAUGUUUGCUGCUCCUGGCUCGGGCAAGGACAUGUCAGAGAAAGUGAAAAAGGUCAAGAAGUCUGUCAAGUCAAAAAAGAAAGACGAAGAGUACCGGGUCAAAAUACAUAUCGCCGAAAUCAUCAAACGUCAUACGUAUCUGAUCACUCUCUGCAAGGCUCUUAUGAGUUACGGUGCCCCGACUCAUCGACUGGAAGCCUACAUGCGCAUGUCGGCUCGAGUGCUGGAAAUUGAGGGCCAAUUCUUGUACCUGCCGGACACGAUGAUCAUCUCCUUUGAUGAUAGCAACACUCAUACCACAGAAGUCAAGAUCGUUCGUGCACCUCAGGGGCUAGAUUUCGGUCGCCUGCGCGACGUUCAUGAGAUCUACAAGGAUGUAGUGCAUGACCGGAUUGGGGUUGAAGAAGCUACCGUCCGUUUGCAAGAGGUGAUCGAUCGAAAACCUGAGUUUUCUGUCUGGCUACGCAUUCUACUCUACGGAGUUGCAUCUGCCCUCGUCGCUCCAUUUGGUUUUGAGGGUCGUCCUAUCGAUAUGCCCAUCUGCUUCAUUCUUGGCUGUCUGGUUGGAUUUUUGCAGCUUUACCUGGCACCUGCGAACGAACUCUACGCCAAUGUCUUCGAGAUUACUGCAGCGGUAGCGACCUCAUUCUUGGCGCGCGUGUUCGGCUCAAUCCGUAACGGGAGGCUCUUCUGCUUUUCAUCGUUGGCCCAGGCAUCAAUUGCGCUUAUUUUACCUGGUUGGCUUGUUUUAUGCGCCAGCCUGGAGCUGCAAAACCGUCAGAUCAUUUCUGGGGCUGUUCGCAUGGUCUACUCCCUCAUCUAUACACUCUUCCUUGGUUAUGGUUUCACCAUCGGGUCCAUUCUCUAUGGAUACAUGGACAAGCAUGCGGUCAGCGAUAUUCACUGCUCUUCUGGAGAUACCUGGUACACCAAAAGACCUCCAGAGAACUUUUACCUUCUCUUCGUUUUCCCUUUCACAAUUUGCCUUUGUGCCAUCAACCAGGCCAAGUGGAAGCAAAUUCCAGUGCAAGUUUUAAUCGCCUUAGCCGGGUUCUCCGUCAAUCACUUUUCUGGCCGCUUUUUCAAAGGCAAUGGCAUCAUUUCUUCCUCGCUUGGCACCUUGACCGUUGGUCUUCUCGCGAAUUUGUAUUCCCGGCUAGGCCGCUACUGCGAAAAUUUCUUCCUUGACCUUUGGGAAUUCCACAUUGAGCCACGGCUGAGUCGUCUGUUCCUUCGUCACCGUUGUUCUUCGGCUGCCCCAUACUACACCGCUGCGGCCACCUCAUCCGAGCAUACCCUCCAUACAGGCAAGGAGCGUGUCCCCGAUCCAGAAUUGGGCGCCGCCAUCCCAACAUCUACGGCACCAAACACUCGCCCUAGCAGCGCAACCGGGAGUAAUCGCAAACGCAAAAUUGGAUACGGCCUUGCCGCUACGGCGAUGCUUCCAGGCAUCUUCGUGCAAGUCCCUUCAGGCCUGGCUUCCACCGGCUCUCUCCUCAGCGGUGUGACCAGCGCGGAUCAGAUUGUGCGCAACGAGACAAUCCUGGGGAACGGGACAAUCGUCAAUGGAACGGUUGGUCCGGUUCCUGUGGCGGUACCCAGUUCUUCGAGCACGGGCUCCAUGACGGGGAUGGGCAGCUCUAUGGCAGGAGACCCGACCGCUUCACUAGCUGCAACGAUAUCUCAGUCGGGCCAGCUGAAUAAUUCUGCAUUUAAUGUCUUGUUUAGUGUUAUCCAAGUGGCGAUCAACCUCUCUGUUGGGUUGUCGUUGAGUGCAUUGUUGGUGUAUCCUUUCGGGAAGAGGAGGAGUGGGUUAUUCAGCUUUUAA